CGGGGCUUCCGGCGCUCAGCGAUGACGCGCGUCCCGGCUUCCGCAUUGGGGAGCCGGCGGUGUAGCCCGGGUUUGGGAGCCCUGGAGUCCCGGCCGUGGGGCGGCCCGCGGGCCCAGGGCGGCGAUGCAUCGCCGCGGGGUGGGAGCUGGCGCCAUCGCCAAGAAGAAGCUGGCGGAGGCCAAGUAUAAGGAGCGAGGGACCGUCCUGGCCGAGGACCAGCUGGCCCAGAUGUCGAAGCAGCUGGAUAUGUUCAAGACCAACCUGGAGGAAUUUGCCAGCAAGCACAAGCAGGAAAUCCGGAAGAAUCCCGAGUUCCGAGUGCAGUUCCAGGACAUGUGUGCGACCAUCGGGGUGGACCCCCUGGCCUCUGGAAAAGGGUUUUGGUCAGAAAUGCUGGGUGUUGGGGACUUCUAUUAUGAGCUGGGUGUCCAGAUAAUUGAAGUGUGCCUGGCCCUGAAGCAUCGAAAUGGAGGUCUGAUCACUCUGGAAGAGCUCCAUCAGCAGGUGUUGAAAGGAAGAGGCAAGUUCGCGCAGGAUGUUAGCCAAGACGACCUCAUCAGGGCCAUCAAGAAGCUCAAGGCCCUCGGCACUGGCUUUGGCAUCAUCCCUGUUGGUGGCACUUACCUCAUUCAGUCUGUCCCAGCUGAACUCAAUAUGGAUCACACCGUGGUGCUACAGCUGGCAGAGAAAAACGGUUAUGUGACUGUGAGUGAGAUCAAAGCCAGUCUUAAAUGGGAGACGGAGCGAGCAUGCCAAGUGCUGGAACACCUGCUGAAGGAGGGGCUAGCCUGGUUGGACUUGCAGGCCCCAGGGGAGGCCCACUACUGGCUGCCUGCUCUCUUCACCGACCUCUACUCCCAGGAGAUUACAGCUGAGGAGGCCAGAGAGGCCCUCCCCUGAGUGCGGACGGGUGCACAGCGACAGGCAGGGCGAAGAGGGAUCUGCCGGGGAGUAAACCUGCGUGGUUUUGUUUAU